GGCCAGGGACUGGAUUCACAAAAAAGGUAAUAGGACUCUCUGUCGUUUCAAUGGCGUUUCGCUCCUUUCAGGUUUCUUGUUCUCAAACUUGGUAUUCUUCAAAAUUAAAUGGGCAGGUACGACUAUGGGCAUGAAAAGCGCAAUGAUGGCGACUGGCGGCCUUCUGGACGCGCGAAUCUGCCAUACCUGAGAAGACGAGUUCCUAGGAGAGUUUUCUACCUGAUUGCUUCCAUCGUGUGUGUGGUAUAUCUGUUCUGGACACAUCAAUGGCCCCCGCUAUCAUUCACCAUUGGCCGAACAGAAUCAGUAGCACAGGAAAACAAAGGCUUGCGAGAGUCUGCAGUCGGCCGAUGCCGCCAUCUGCCAGGAGCGGAUGACACUGUGGUGGUGAUGAAGACGGGUGGGACUGAGCUUGGGCACAAGUUACCGAUACAUCUCAACACCACACUCCUCUGCUACCCCAACAAGAUUAUCUUCAGUGACUACGAAGAGGACUUCCUCGACGAGCACAUUUUCGACGCUUUGGAGUCCGUGAAUGAGGUGACCAAAUCUCAGCAUCCCGAUUUUGAGCUUUGGAGACGUCUAAGAAAUGGCGGAGGGAGAAGGGCACUCGAACCACAUGAGCUUAGCGGCCAGGUCAGCAAAGUUGGAACCUCGAUGGGAAAGACUGACAACCCCGGCUGGCGUCUGGACAAGUGGAAAUUCUUGCCCAUUGUGAACAGGACUUUGUCGGAGUGGCCGAACAAGAAAUGGUACAUCUUCGUCGAGACUGACACCUUUAUCCACUGGCAAACACUGCUCAAUUACUUAGCAGCGCUCGAUCAUACGCGGCCGUACUAUAUCGGCGGGCCUAUGUGGAUUGGUGACAUACUGUUCGCCCACGGCGGGACCGGAUUUGUGAUCUCUAAGCCCGCGCUCGAGAGUGUGGUGAGCAUGUUCAGAGGCCAUCAGACUGAAUGGGAGUGGUUCGUAAAUGACUUUUGGGCUGGCGAUGGAGUACUCGGGAAAGCAAUGAUUGAUUCUGGUACACGGAUGACCCAUGGAUGGCCCAUCUUUCAAGGCGACGGCAUCGGAAGCAUGGACUGGACUCGCAACGAAGGCGGUCGCAGGCUGUGGUGUUCUCCAACCGCGAGCUACCACCAUUUGACUCCGAGCGUUGUCGAAGACCUUUGGCGGUGGGAGAUGGACUGGAUGGCGCAGGUUGAUGAACCGCAAGCCGUGCUGCACCAUCACGAUAUGUACUCCAUGUAUCUGCUACCUCGGAUCCAGAAGCCACGGAUCAAUUGGGACAACCAGUGCAAGGAUGACAAGGGACCAGUGGCCGAUCUCGAGGAAUGUCGCAGCAUCUGUCAACAGUCCAGGACAUGUUUGCAAUAUUCCCUGAGCAUCGAUUCGAGAUGUCUGGUUUCAGAGAGACCGCAGCUUGGUGAGAUGGCCAAAGGAGUGGAAUCUGGCUGGAUCGCGGAUAGGAUGGAGCAAUUUGCCAAAGAGCAGGAACCUUGCCCUCAUGGUGAAGAGGCGUGGAUUUACUGAAGGGUGUUGCUGCUUGUUGUUGAAGAACUCGCCGAAUUCAAGCGCAUCUAAUUUCACCGAAUGAACACAUCCUGCGGCGCGGUCCACUGCUCCAUCGCAAGCGCCUCGCCAUUCAUGACACCUUGAACGU